UGUCGUCAGAAUCUCUGCUGCGGCACUGUACAGUCACAUGACAGGCGACUAGCAGUCGCGUAUGGAGCCUCUUCACCAUCAAACUUUUCUUUGAUGAUCUUUUUAUUGUGUUCGGGUGAUGGGCAGUGGAGGGAUUUUUGACGGCAUGUGAUCUCCGGUGAUAUGUCAGCUUAUCUUCUGCGUCAUGUCUGUGGAUGGCCCCCGGACCUCUGUCUUCACCUUUGAGUCUGCAGUACACAGCCAUCAUGUUCUCCGCUCGCUGGACGAGCUGAGGCGGAAGGGGAUCUUGUGUGACUUGAAGGUGGAAGUGGAGAGCAGAAGCUUUCGUGCUCACUCUUCAGUGUUGGCUUCCUGCAGCGACUAUUUUUACACCAGACUGGCGAACAACAGCCGACCAAACCUCACUGUCAGCUUACCAGUCGAGGUCACCGUGGAAGGAUUUGAGCCCCUGCUGCAGUUUGCUUACACGGCGAAGCUUCACUUUACUAAAGAGAACAUCCUGGAGAUUCACAGAUGCGCUAAACUUCUGGGAUUCCACAACCUGGAUAAAGCCUGCUUUGAGUUCCUCAUCCCAAAGCUGUCAGAUGGUGGAACGGCUGCACAAGAAGUUAAGCAAAAUGAUGUGAAUAACUCAUCGCAUGAAAAAUCUCAAGCCGAUUGUGGGAACAACAUCCCAACUGAUGACCGAAACUCUGAUACCGGAAAAGAUAACGUAGCUCAAGAUGCAGAAAAUCCAUGCGCAACCCCUUCUACAGAUUGUCCCCCAGAUGUCUCACGUGACAAAGAAAUGCAGUUAGAUUUAUCGCCUCUGCACACGAAAAGCACUUCGUACCACAUCGCCGCAGGACAGGAUCAGUUUUUCUUGCAGAACUCCGGCCCGCAUUUGCCCUCAGCGGCUCGGGCUGAACUUUGUCCGUUCCUCUCCAUGUCUGGAACUGGCGACGAUGAGAAACUUCAUUCUGCUACAGCUGGCUGUGGCGAAGACAUUCUAGCAAUGGAGGAAGAACUAGCAAUGGAUGUGCAUUGUGUUUCUACUGAACCCUCCACAGAUAAAGACCUCAACAUACCCAACAUCACAGAGGGCCACUUCGACCAACAUGAAAGGGAUCUGAUUCCACCUGCUGACUGCAGCCAUCUCUGUCCCCUCAAUUCUACAGAAGCAAGAAAUGUGUUGGAUAGCAUCGCCAACCAGGUCUUCGAUACGACUGAACAGGCAUUCUCAGAUCUCGCCCCUAAAGACGGCAUUGCAGAACGGAGCACGGUGGAGAGGGAAGUGGCCGAGCAUCUCGCGAAGGGCUUUUGGCCCGAUUUGAGCUCCACGCUGACUGAGCAGCUACCUUUGGACUCCAUCGAGCAGUCGGCCGCAGGGAACAGCUCGGACUUCCACUGGUUAAAACAUUUGGAUCUGGGUGCUGCGCCCGAUGACUGUCCAUUCCUGAGGGACCUGAGCUCCAACGGAGGGCAGAUGUCGGGAGGGGAUAGUCUGUCUAAAGAGGACACCGGAGACAGUUCCUGCAUAUCACCCAUUAACUCGAGGGAGAACUCCGAGUGCGAAUCGGAUGUAGAUAGUGAGCAGUGUGACACCAACGGACAAGUACAAGAGGUGGAUCUGCCGUUCCCCGUGGAGCAAAUCUCAAGCAUGACCCGCAGAGCAUUCCUGCAGAUGUUGAAACAGCAACGGCUGACCCCAGAACAGCUGGAGUUUGUUCAGGACGUGAGACGGCGCAGUAAGAACCGCGUGGCCGCACAGCGCUGUCGCAAGAGGAAGAUCGACUGCAUCUACAGGCUGGAGGGAGACAUCAAAAAACUGAUGAGCGAGAAGGAGAAGCUACUGCAAGAUCGGGACCAGCUGAGGAUCAGCAUGGAGGAGCUGCGCCAGAACCUCUCAGGUCUGCGUCAGAACCUCAGCAUGGACCCCUCGCCGCAGUCCGAGCAGCUGCAGACGCUGGCCAGGUACGUCUCCUCUGACUGUCCCACCUCCGUGCUCCUCACCCCCAUGGCCUCCCCCAGCCUGGCUGGACCAGACCGGGAAGCCCAAGCCAACACCCGCCUGGACGCCUUUCUCUCAGACAGUGUCGCAGAAGACGCGGCAGUGCUCGACUCAUCCAUCGCAUUCCUGCAAGACAGCAUUCAGACUGCUGUUACACAACCCUCAGCUCCGGAGGUAACAGAGUAAAUCGACUUGUGACUGGUCCGAAAUUUCAGUUUUACUCAGGAGCUUUUUUCCACGUGAUUUUGAGCAUGAUCCAUUUACCAGGAGCACGUUUUUUAACGUUUGUGUGUAACCAAAUUUGCACUUUUACCAGGAGUUUCAUAUGGAAAUUUUCAGUGUUCUAUUGGCUGAUUUGCUAUGGAUCCGUAGUAAUUUGACAUUAAUGAGCAAUCUUAUUUUUACUGUAGUAUUAUUCAUUUCUCUUACACUGCCACAGCAGACAAUCGAUUAUGUUAGAAAAAUAUGUUAUCUAUAGCAUAGAAACAUUCCAGUGUAGCCUAUUACCGUACGUCUAUGGCAUUACCGGCAUGGAAAUUGUGUAUUAAAAUAUGCAUCUCUGUGUCUUUAAGUAUUCAUAUAUGCAUACUGUAUGUCCUUUGUCAUAGUUGUAAUGCAUAUAACACAACUGCCAUGUAAGUUUACAUGGAUACUAAAUAAGGUUUGUCAAAAUACUUUAAAGGGACAACUUGAAUUAAUCAACCUCAAGUUGUUCCAAACCUGUAUGAAUUUGUUUGGUUGAACACAAAGAUGUUUAGAAAACUGACCUUUCUGGGGCACCAUUGACUUCUAUAGUUGGAAACAUGUAAAUGGUAGUCAAAGGUGCCCCGAAACUCUUGAAAAUAUCUAAUUUUGUGUUCAACAGAACAAAAAAAAGAACAAAGAAAUUAUACAAUAUAUUUUUUCUACUAUGGUAAUCAAUGGUGUCCAAGAAAUGUCAGUUGCUAACAUUCCUCCCAAAUAUCUUUCAUUGUGUUCAACCAAACAAAGACGUGUAUGAAGAACAACUUAAGGGUGACUAAUCCAUGACAGGAUUUUUUAUUUUUGGGUGAACUAUCUCUUCAAUAAGAGAAUCCAUAACUUUUGCCUCUGUAUCGCCAUUUCUGUUCAAAAUAUAAAAUGUAUGCAAUAUGUUACUUUAUGUACAACUCCUCAUGUGGGUUAAAGGGGUACUUCACCAAAAAAAAAAAAAUCUGUCAUUAUUUACUCACCUUUGUAUUGUUCCAAAUCUAUAUAAAUGUCGUUGUUCUGAUGAACACAAAGAUAUUUGGAAGAAUGCUUUUGACCAGACAGAUUUGUCCCCCCCUUAAGGGGAGUCCCAUAGUAAGAAAAAAAUAUUUUUUCUGUUGAACACAAAAGAAGACAUUUUGAAAAAUGUAAGACAGCAAUUUUGGGACAGAUUUGACUACCAUUGUAUUUUUUUUCUAUGGUAGUUAAUGGGGGGGAACAAUCUGUUCUUCCAAAUAUAUUUCUCUGCGUUCAUCAGAACAGAAAGAAAUUUAUACAGAUUUGGAACAAAUCGAAGGUGAGUAAAUGAUGACAGAAUCUUCAUUUUUGGGUGAAGUAUCCCUUGAAGGACAAAUUAUCUUUUAAUGAUAUUUACCUGGCAGCUCGAAUUCUACCUAAGUUAGGAAAACCUUGCAAAUCAGAUUUGACUUGCUCAACUGAUUUGUGUUUAUAACCCCCCAAAAGUUCAGAGACUUAUUUUCGUCAGUUUAGAGUCAGACAUUUCCUUGGUUAAGGCACUAUUUCCUUUUUAAAUCCCCAUUUAAUAAUAUUUUACCAUAUUUUUGUAAUACUAUGGAUAGUAUUCAACAGCUUAGCUAACCAAUAGCUAUUUAAGCAAAUGUCUCCAAACCAUCUUGGAGACGUGUCUGAUAUGGAAUGCCCACUUCUUAUGGGCCACGCAUUUAUGUCAUGCUCUACAGUCUUGUUUCACAUUAUGUGUUACUAAUCGAUGUUGACUUCAAAGCUUUAUUUAACCUCACAUGCACUUACCCUCAUAGAACACGUACAUCUGGCAGACAUCUGCAAUACAUUGUUUGUGCAUUAUUUGCAAUACAUCUUGGAGACGUCUGCUGUCAGAUGUCAUCUAGACAUUUAGAAGAUGUCUGUAAAAUGUUUAUGAUUUAGAAAGUAGGUAAAACUGCUCUUUCUAAGACUUUUAUCAGAUGUUUUUACACAGCAGAUGUUUUCCAGAUCCCCAGAUCUUUAGAAGACAUUUUACAGACGUACUGUUCCAGUGCUGUCUGGGUACACAGGUUUCAUGUUAUUGUUCAUUUUUACUUUUGUUUGCCUUUGUUUUAACCCUGUAACCGAAAUAUUGUAACAAACUCAGAAAGGACUGUAUCAUUCACUUUUCAUUUUGAUUUAGCAAAUAAAAUGACAAGCCAAUAUUGUGAA